UUUUCAGUCUUCAAAUGUCCACCGUCAGUGUGUUUUUGAUUUAUGUUUCAAAAAAUCGUUCAUAAGCUGUGGAAAUUUGCUUUUCUGGAAGAUAUUUGAUGUUAAAAUGUGAGAAUAACUUUAGCGUCUGUGUUUCAGAUAGAAUGUUUCAAGUAUUACCAGCGAAGUGAGGAGAAAAUAGCGUUUUAAUUUUGGAUUUGUACAACAGCCGUCGGACAAUAUUCUGGUGUUUAUUUGAUCGAGGGGAGUUCAGUGCGAGGCAGUUGUUUUGUGUUUGUGCUUGUGUGUAGAUGCGUGCACGCGCAAAAAACAGGAAAACCUGUAGCAACUGUAAUUUUUGUUAAGAAAGGGAGAAACCAAACGAACGUGAGUCUUUUAAACGCAUCAUCUUCCCGAGAAACGUGGAAACCCUGUUACGGAAGUAGACUGUAGGUGAACGAAGUGACAAGGCAAGUGAAAGGACGGAAAGGAUCAAGGUGAAACCAAAACAACACAAAAUGGAGAUAACCGACGAUCGGGUUUAUGCCGCUGAACGGAUUAUGAAGAAACGUGUCCGAGCGGGAAAAGUCGAAUAUUUGGUAAAAUGGAAAGGAUGGAGCACACGGCACAACACCUGGGAACCGGAAGAAAACAUUUUAGACAUUCGGCUAAUUGACAUAUUUGAAAGAUCCCUGCGUGGAAAUUCAACGCCAAAACGCAAGAAGAAACCAAUUAUCGAAGAUUCAGAUGAUGACGAUGUGGCGGUGCCGGCCACAGCAGCAACUGUAUCCACCUUACCGGUGGUAACUACUCCAGAGCCUGAACCCGAACCGGAAAAGCCCACCAAGGACAGUAUCAAAAAAGAAAAGGAAGAAAGGCACGCAAAGAAGGAUAAAGAUAAAGAUGGGGACAUUUCGAAACCGAUUGCAGCAUUGUCAAAAACGAGUCCCAGCACGAGCACUUCUAAAGACAAGCAAAUCGAUCAUGGUGAAGUCGGUUCUACAACUCAAGUGCCGAGUUUGAAAAUAUCGAUCUCUUGCGAAAACAACGAUAACGAUACAGCUUCCAACAGCAGCGAUGAUCAACCGUUGAGCCACAAAGACUUGGCUGGUACCAAGCGAAAGGCAGAAGUUUUGUCGAAGGAAGGCAAAGUUGGAGUAACCAUUAAAACGUCUCCGGACGAGAGCAGUGCUGCAAAGAAUCAAAGGCUAGAAGCCCCCUCGAUGGUUACUCCGGUUACGUCCGGCUCGAAGUCCGACAUAAAACCCGCUGCUCCGCUAUCGCCAGAUACCCCGGCAUCACGACCAGAAUCCAACAUUCCUCCAGCGGAGAAGUCAUCCGCGGCCGGAGCUUCGAAUAAUUUGCAACCGGACGAUAAGACACCGAAGAAACCGGUGUCGAAUGAUUUUCCCCCGGUUAGCAAUAACAACACAAUCAGCAAACAUCAGCAUCUCACUCUUUCACCGCGCGCUGCUCCUCCCCAGCUUUGGCUUCCACGGGCACAGGCAACCGAUCAGGUGGUGAUCACUGAUGUCACAGUCAACCUGGAAACGGUCACCAUCCGGGAGUGCAAAACAGAACGAGGUUUUUUCAAAACCAGGGACCUGAAAAGCGACAUCGUCAAUUAAGUUGUUUACGGAGUUUGGUAGACCGUCGGACAAGCUUAAUUUAGUGUCAACCAUAGUUUUGCAUGUACAUACGAAUUUACACGUAUUACGAGGAUUGUUAUGUCACAGAAAGUUAGCUGGAGAUGUCGUAAAAAAGCAUUUUUUUGUCGACGUUGUUUAAAAAUUGAGAUAACACGAAUCUGAACUCACUAAAAUAAAUUUGCUUAGUACUCUGUUCGAUCGAUUCCACAAACAUGCAUCAAAAAUCAAAGUGCUUUGGCAUGAAUCUAGUGUUAAUGAUAAAAGUAUCAACUAGAAUGAUAGUUGCAUCAAAAUAAUACAAACCAAUGCUUCAUUGCAUUACAUGUUUAGUUUGUAGAAGGCUUACUUUCACCUGUUCUACAAAAAGUACGAUUGUUUUUCUCUCUCACAAAAAAAAAGAAAUAGAUUCACUGAGUGAUAAGAACUGAACUGAUAAUUAUUUGUACGCUGAUUAUGUCCUCCAACAGAACAACCACAUAUUUGCGAGCUUUUUAAUAUCACUUUUACAUUAUGUUAGAUAUUAGGUUCUUGACAUAAGAAAGUUCUAUUUAUUGCAAAUCGAGAAAAUUCUUCCCUCUACAUGGGGUCACUCGUAAAUUUAAGGUUUAUUUCAUUCAACACAAUGAGUUAGUCAUCUAAGCUAUUUAGUUCGUAGGAUAUAUGCGUUCCGGUAGUGCUAAAUUCCAGUGUUGUUCGCGAAACGCGAUUGCCAUCAAACUUACUGGAAUGUGUAACCUGCAUGCGGAAACAUGAGAAUCAAACGUUUCGAAACACAGUUCUCGUUAAUUAUUUAACUAAAUUAUUCGGACCAAAAAUGAUUAUUUUUAAAUUUUAAUCUGUGCUUUCACGAUUCAAUACAAACAAUGAAGGAAUUACGCCUAAGUUUAGUAAUCUUCCCAGGUGGAUAUACUUUUGCAGCAUGGAAUGACAAGCGAGUAUACUAACGGUUAAAGUACAAGAAAAAUCAUAAUACAGAGUUACAGUAGACAGUCAAUCAUGUUAAAACAGACGUACAUCAAACAGAUAUUACUUGAUGCGUAUGGAGAAAGCAAGCAAUAAUUUGCGUUAUUCCGAAUGCGUAUCGCGUAUCGCUACUACUACAUCAAUAAAACAGUACGAUCCAGAAUUACUUACAGCAUAUGUGUAUUAUUCCUUUAGACGAUAAACAUUGUUACAGUAUGAAACAAACAAAUAAAACAAGCAAAUAAGUAUUAACAGUAAAAA